CGGCCAUCGACUUUUCACGACUAAGGAAGGUAGACUCGGGCUUGGUCCAUCGAAAACGAUGGUUGGCGACAAAAUCAUGUUGUUUGCAGGCCUCUCCUUACCAAUGCUGAUGCGAAAAGACGGAGAGAAAUUCAGGUUAAUUGGCCGCUCUUACGUACUCGGGUUCAUGAAAGGAGAAGGAUGGCCAGACGACGACUCUCAGCUCCAAGAAUACGAAAUUUGGUGAUUUGUGUCCUUACUUCAUAGAAUUUUGAACAUGAAGGCGCACCUGCUCGAAAACAGGUCGGCUGCAGGGUUGGUAAGGUCGCGCGCCAGUAGCAGGUUUGCAAAAUCAUAUUUCCAGAUGCGAGAUUCAAAUCUAUGGGAGCACUAGAACUAGCUGGAGGGAUAUUACAAGUCUUGAAAUGGAAUAGAUCAAGGUGCAUAACG